GCCGUCUCCUCACACGGGGAUUCCUCCGCGCUGGUGACGUCACUGUACAGCCUGAAACGUCUUUUGUUUUAACCCUUUCAUUGCACAUAUGAGAAAUAGACAUCAGAGGCCGGGAAUUCGAAUUCCGCCAUGUGCGCGGGGAGCAGGAUGAAAUCUAUGGGACUCUGCUGUGGCGGAAUUUUCGGGCUGAAUAUUUCAGAACUUCUGACGUGUAAACGAGGCCUUAGAUGUCGGAGAUGUGGAAUGUGUCUCAUUACCUCCCGUCUGGCGACACGUUCCAGCUGUCACCACCGCAUAAGAAGAGCAGCCGACCCCCGCCCCGGCCAUCACACCAUGACUGAGAGAAGGUCCCGCAGCUCCUCCAGAGAAGCUCCUCACAAGCAGAGGGACUCCGCCGGCCAAGGGUCUAAGAGGGGGGAAAAGAAAGGAAACCCAGGAAGACCCCGGAGCGAGAAGGUCAGAGACCCCCCGAAGAACGAUGGGAAAGUGUCCGCUGUGGUCAACGUGGACGAUGUGGUGGCUUCAGACGAGGAGACGGAAGUUAUGGCUCUUCUGGAGGGCGAGCAGAGGGAGGACGUGAAGUCUCCCGGCCUUAGACUAUGUGAGCUCCUCCUCACCGUGUGCUGCGCACUGCUCGCCGUCCUCACCUUCCCGCUCUCCGUCUGGUUCUGCAUUAAGAUUCUGAGAGAAUACGAGCGCGCGGUUAUAUUCCGCCUGGGACGCCUGCUGCCGGGUCGGGCCAGAGGGCCGGGAAUCUGUUUUUAUCUCCCGAUUCUGGACAAAUGCACCAAGCUGGACCUCCGUAUAAAGACCUUCCAGGUUCCCUUUCACCAGAUUGUUACUAAAGAUCUGGUGACAUUGGAGGUCGACGCGAUCUGUUAUUACCGCCUAGAAAACGCUGCUCUAUUUCUAACAAGUGUCAACAACGUCUCCAGCGCCCUCCAGCUGCUGAUCCAGAGCACAACCAAGCGUCUUCUGGCACACAGAUCCUUCCUAGAUAUCCUACUAGAAAGAAAGAGCAUCGGAGAGGAAGUGAAGGUGGCAUUGGACGCUGUGACGUGUCAUUGGGGGAUAAAAGUGGAAAGAACAGAAAUUAAAGACAUUAAUCUUCCUGAAGAAGUGAAGCGGUCAAUGGCGGCAGAAGCUGAGGCACAGAGACACUCCAAAGUCAAGAUCCUCGCAGCGGAAUGCGAAAAGACUGUCUCGGAAUCGCUGAAAGUGGCGGCAGAGAGUCUAUCGGGGUCGCCCACCGCCGUACAGCUCCGGUAUCUUCACACCUUACAGUGUAUGACGUCCGAGAAACCCGCGACCUUCCUGGUGCCGUUCCCGUAUGACCUCAUGAACCUUAAUAUUCUGCCAAACCUGCAGGCAAAAAACAUGAAGACCGACGGCCCGAAAUCUGAUACCGAAGCUGAACGGGACACCAAGAAGGAUUCUCCGAUGCUCUAAACCGAGGACGACGUUAGACAGAUAGAUAGGGCAGAGUUUCCCAACCAGGGUGCCUCCAGCUGUUGCAAAACUACAACUUACAUGCUGGGAGUUGUAGUUUUGCAACAGCUGGAGGUGCACUGAUUGGGAAACAGAGAGAUAGAGACUGGGGCAUUUACGGAGUAAAUCAGAGAAACAUGGAGGUGAUGUCCACCAUAUACCAUAAAAAUAAUCGAUUGGAGACGUUGUUUUUGUAUCUUAUACUUUUGUAAUAAAUUAUUCACAAAU